AUGGCUGUCUCAGUACUUCGGCUGACACUUGUCCUGGCAAUGUGUGCCUUAAUCCUGACCUGCCAUGCAGAUGACAAACCUGAGGACAAACCAGAUAAGAAGCCAGAUGACUCAGGCAAAAACCCAGAGCCAGAUUUCCCCAAAUUCCUAAACAUCCUGGGCACGGAAAUCAUUGAAAAUGCAUUUGACUUCAUCCUGCGCUCCAUGAGAAGGGGAACAGGAUAUGUGGAAUUUGAUGAUAAUCCAUAA